CUUCGCAUCAAAUUCUGUGACAAAAUCCGCUAGAGACUCCUCAAGUAUUCGUAGAAUGCACAGUCCAUAUGAAUGGCCAAAAAAGAUGGCCGCCUUGAUUCCGAGGUACACUCUACAAGCAGCAAGAAAGCAGACAACAUGCAUCGCAACUAUUGCGGUUCAGACAAAUCAUUACUCAUCACAACCAGAAAUCAUCAAAAAGCCCACUACAGCUUCUUUGAAGAGAGGCACAGGUGGUCGUAGUUCCUUCAAUGGGAUAGUAUGCACUCUGUUUGGUGCAAAUGGAUUUGUUGGACGCUAUGUGUGCAAUCGCCUUGGCAAGAUUGGUACUCAG